AGCCAAGUCUCUCGCGUUUUUAGCUUGAUUCGUUACCGAUACGAGUGUUCGAUUGAGUUUCCUUGGGGGCUAUAUAAUCGGUCACACAUUUUUUUAUACCAAUUUGAAGUGCGACAGUUGGCUUUUUUCUACGUGUACAUCUUACUUCAUUACCUUGUGCUUGUGCAUGCGUAUACGCGAGAAAAACUUUUUUGACGCAAGUAGCACUGCUCAGCACCCUACACACAAUUAUAGCUGCCUUCAAACACCAGUUUCGACUGUAAAUUAACGGCGCGUAAAGUUUCAAUUGUUUCGAUACAGAACACAAGUUAAGUACUGCAAUGACAGAUUCACGGAAGAAUCGAUCGCAGUAUUUUUGCUAUUUUCUUCAUAUUAAAGGAGAUGCAACUCGAUUCAGUAAUUACUGCAGGAUGUCAAUCGAGACUUUCAAUUACAUAUUAUCCAAGAUAAGUGAUAAUCUGUUAAAAAAUUGGUGCAAUUUUCAUAAAGAGCCCAUACUACCCGAAGAACAAUUCGUUAUAACUUUGAGGCUUUUGUGUACUGGCAUGUCUUACUCCGAUAUCGAGCAUACUUUUGGAAUCAGUCAAUCAGAAGCAGGUACUAUUUUUGGUGAUGUAGUAACAGAAAUUUGGUAUACCCUUGGCCCAAUCCAUAUGCCGCAACCAAAUAUGGACAUUCUUUUUGAAACGGCCAUCGAAUUUCAAAAUUUAUGGUCAAUACCUCACUGCGUUGGUACACUCGAUGUAUGUCACAUGAGGAUAAAGAAACCUGCUCAUUCGAAUUCUCUUUAUUUUAAUUAUAAAAAAUUCCAUUCAAUAACGCUGCAAGCUCUAGUGGACGCCAACCUAAGGUUUAUUUCUAUAGACGUCGGAGGCUUCGGUUCUCAGCAUGAUGCCAAUACUUUUCGUAAUAGUACAUUGUUUAAAGGUCUAAAAUGGAACGUGGUAAAGCUACCACCAGAUGAAGAGUGCUUCGGGAUACGUACACCCGUACUCCCGUAUUUUAUUAUUGCCGAUGGAGCUUAUCCACUGAGCCGAAAUCUUAUAAAACCGUAUUCCGGCAACGAUUUAGAACCCCAUCAAACUGUGUUCAAUCGAAGAAUCUCAAGAGCGAGGAUGACGGUGGAGCGCGCUUUUGGGAGACUCAAAAGAAAGUGGCACAUAUUCGAAACUCCUAUUGAGCAAGAUCUCGAAAAAGCUGUCCUUAUUAUACAGGCUGCAUGUGUUUUACACAAUAUUAUUAUUGAAAAAAAUAUUGGCAAAGAGAUGUCUUAUGAUCCAUCAUAUGACGAAGGAUAUAUUCCUCAAUAUGAGCCAUUGACAGGCGAUGGUCAGUGGGUGAGGGAUGCGCUUCUAUCUUUUUUUUUACAAAACCCUGUACAAUAAAAACGA